UGUGGUAUGCAAUUAACCAUUUAGAAAUUAGACCUUUUCCACAUGUAAAUCUUUCCAUAAUAUGCUAUUUGAACAUAUCUGCAAAUUGCGCGAGGGUUUGGGCAUAGCAACCAAUAAUGCUGCUGAAUAUCGCGCCAUAAUUUUAGGGUUGAAACAUGCUCUUAAAAAAGGUUAUACAAACAUUCAUGUAUGAGGUGACUCGAAGCUCGUUUGUAUGCAGGUAAUCCAACUUUCUAUCUGUUUAAUGUUGCUUUGUUGAUGUCCAAUGACUUCAAAAAGGUGCCAUUUCCUAUAUGGGACUUUUGGUUGUAUAAGUGUUUGUGGAAUGAUGGAUCCAUAUACUGAUAAGCUUAAUGAAGGAAAAAUAGAAAUUGGCUCCUUGUCUUGGCCUCUUUACUUGAAUUGGAAGGCAUUGAUGCAACUUUUUUUCUGUCAUUUUGUAGCCCGUCUCUUUAUCUUAUGCUCGGACUUUCAUGUUUUGGUGCAGGAGCAUGGUGUAGAUCAAGCAGACUUAAUUGCUUUUUUACUAGAACUUAGUUUUCAUACCCCUGGUGAGACUCUUACUGGCCGAGACAUCCCUUGCUUGUAUGUUACUCUACGAGAUGCUGAUGGUGGAACUAAAGAACCUCUGAUUUUAUGUCGAGGUGUUAAUGUUGGCCGUGAAAUAGCUGGACAUGAUGUUGCAUCUGGCUGAGGUUCUGUCUUUUGCCCUGGCACUCGAUUGCCAUUUGAAGCAGCUUGCUUCUAUUGAAAUUGAAGGACAAAUUCUACUAAGGGUAUUUCAGUCAUUUUAAAGUUUAGAGAAUAUUUCAAUAGGGUAAUCCUAGAUUUGAAGCUUAGAGAUUUCUAUUUUUUACUUUAUAUAAUUGCUUUUUGAUUUGUUGUCUUGCAUGAAGUGAUCUACUACGCCUUCAAUGGAGAGAAUAUUUGCUUAA